AUGUCGAUGGUAGCAACGAGAGAAAGGCGUGCCAACGCCGGAAAUCGGAUGUAUGAAUUGUUGCAACGUGAACUGGAGUUGGAUGAAAUGUUUAUGGAGGUGGAAAAUGAUGAAGAAUUUGAUGCAAAUAUAGAGGAGGAUGAUGCGGCAAAAAAGAAAAUGUUGGCACCGUUGGGCCCCGUAUUACGAAACCGAAAACGUCUUGAGGAGAAAUCAACAGCAACAGUUUCCGCCGAAAAAAUUGCGUCAAUGCCUGGAGCUGACGAAUAUAUGGUUCGAAAACCUGCCCGAAUAAAAAAGCCUGCUACUCCAAUAGCGAUUCCCGUUCUAAACGGUAUCCGCUCUUCUUCACGGCGACAAACGGUGGAGAGCAAAAAAAUACUGCAAAAGAAAUUAAAGGAGUAUGAAAAACGAAGGGCAUGUGAUCAAAUGGGCAAAAAUUUCAAUGCUCAACUACCAAAACGUGAAAAACCCGUUGAAAGACCAAAAACUCAAGAAGAAUUACUUGAGGAAGCUAAAAUUACUGAGGAGGAAAAUUUACGUUCCUUACGAGAGUUCCAAUUACGAGAAGCUGAAAAGAUUGAAAUGGCAAGACCAUUCAGAAAAAACAAGAUAGAGGGACCUUUCAUUCGUGACAUUUCAUAUAUUGAGGGCGAUGACAAUCGAUAUCGACAAAAGAAACUUAUAAUGGAAGUGUCAAGUGGUGAGGAUGGCAAAAAUGUAUCACGUGAAUUAACGAAUGUUCAAUGGUGGAAUGGUGCAGAUGGAUUUGGUGACGAAGAAGCAGAUAAAAGGCAGGCUCGAAAACUAAUAAUAUUUGAGGGAUUUUCGAAUAGGGAGUGUUCAGAAAUAUUUGAAGAAUGGCGGCAGAAACCUCAAAAGGUAAAGAAGUGUAUUUGCCCAUUUACUGGUCUCACCGCAAAAUAUAAAGAUCCUGAAACUGGAAUUCCUUACGCCACAGUUGACGCUUAUAAAAAGCUUCAACGGAUAUUGAGUCAUGAAUUUAUAUGGUCACCAAUCUUAAAUGCAUACGUUCACGCAGCAGAACAGCGACCUGCAGCAGGAACGCCGGAAGGAUUUGCAGCUUUCUCAGUCCCGCAAGAAAAACCAAGACGCGAAAGAAGAACUAAUAAUAAACAUGUAUAUUAA